UAUUUUCUGUAAGGGCAAUGUCGAAAUUUAUGGGCGACAUCAAAACGUAAUAAAUCGGUGUUUCCUUGGAAAUAAUAUUGAUGUUUCGUAAAAUUAUAAGAAUUAAUAAAGAAUGGAAAUAGUUUUGUGCUACCUCUGGAUGUCGUGUUAUUCGGAAAAGUUAAUGUUAACCCACAACUGAAAAAUGUUAACACCGUACACGAAUAUGUGUCCAAGUUACCGUGGCAAUGGAUGCUAAAGACUUGAGGACUGAAUCUGCUGUGAGUGAUCGCAACAAUGACGGCAGCAAGUACUCCCAAAGCGGCGGCAUCGCGCUCCACUGUGACAGAAAUAAGUCAUAUCAAGAUAUCGGAUCUAACUCAUUGGGCAAAGUGGAUGGACCGAACGCGCGACCCUGCGCCGUCAUAGGGCCCGACAGAGUCGUGCCUCCCGCCGCUAGCGAAGCGUAUCACAUAAAGAAAGGUCCUGCUGAGCCCUGGCCAUGCAUGGACAACGCGUACCGCCGUCCACCCGAAUACCCCCAUAAAUUAAGCAAUUUUCAAAACCCAACUAGAAACAUAUCACCGAGACAAACAUUCCAAGAAAACAUGCAACGUAUUAUGGUGCCUCCUACAUACAACUCUAUUAAAAUAAGUGAUGACAACAGUUAUGCCCAAUUAUCAGAUAGAAAUAACGUUCUGUCAAAAAAUAUUAAGUUGAAUGUGCCGCAAGAGGCAAAGUUCUGUGAAGUGCCUUAUACUGUUAAUCCAAAUCCUAAUAAUGAACAAAAAAAUAUUAGGAACCCUGAAAUGUGUCUAUCUAGUGUGAAUCCUACUGUUAACCGGACUGCUCCUCAUGGCUGGCCUCAUGGAGGCGUCAAUUUACGUUCUACAAGGAUGUAUGGAGCUCCAGAAAUGUACCAGUAUCAAGAGUACCCCAGCUGUGCCGGUCCACGGCCAGUUGUACCAAGACCUCAUAGAACCGUCCCAGAGGAACAAGGAUAUGUGUAUGCUGAUCCAUAUUACCAAGAAGGAAAUAUUCGCUUCAAGCCUUAUCCAACUAUAAAAGAAAGGUAUCCUCAACAAAGGUAUGAAUAUAUUGGUAAUUAUUCAAAUCCAUUCCAUCCACCACCAGCAUUCCCAACUCACAAGUAUGAGAUACAAAAGACCAUGCCGUCACACCCGUAUCCCCCAUACCCCAUCAAGUACCUUGACAGUCGAGUAUCCGAACCUGUCAUGGAAGGAUACCAAAGAAAUCCUCAAGGCAACUAUAAUAUACAAUAUCGUAAUCAAGUAAUACAUCCCAAUUAUGGACCAGUACUUGGGAACUGUCCUCAAAAUAAAAUGCAUUCCUACCCACCAGAUGCACAUAUUAAAACUAUUGCUCCUAACAAACUACCUUAUGAUACCAACCCCAAAGCUUACAUUGAAUAUGACAAUACUCGACCAAAAAUAUAUCCACCAUCAGAAAGCUAUUUUGUCAAUGAAAUGCCAAGAAUGCCUAUGAAGAGCCCAGUCAUUAUGCCUAAUUAUCCCACAAUAAAUAUGCAUAAUGUUCCACCAAAUCAAUACUAUAAGAAAGACAGUCAACAAAUUAAAAACUAUGAUCACAUGGCUCAUUUUAGAACUAUGGAUCAUAAUUUGAAUAUUCACAACCCUAUGUCUAGGCAUCAACCAGUAUUUUCACCCAAUACUUUAGCUAUUUCACCUACUGAUUCUAGUGCUAGCAAUGAUACACAAACUUUAGGAACAUCUCAAGAAGACUGUGGCUAUGUAAGUCAGUCGUCAACAGCUAGUGUUCGAAGCAUGGAUUCUAGUAUAAACAGAAUUCCGAAUGACUGCCUUAGAAGAUAUUAUGACAAUAGGUAUGGACCUAUAGUAAGAUCAACUAUAAUGUCAAAAUCACAGAUGAAUGCACAUAAUAAUUCAUCUAAAGAAAAAAAGGAUAUAGAUGUAAGACAGUUUCUGCAAAUGUGGAAAGAAGGUGAUGAUGAAGCUGAAGAAAAUAGUUCCAAAGAGGUGAUAAUUCAAACAAGCUCAAGUGAGAAACCUAGUUAUGGUAAAUCACACGAAGCUAUGAAUAAUCAAGAGCAACUUUAUGUUCUUGGCUUGGUGAAUGUUCCAAGUGAAGAACUUGCAAAAUAUGAACAUAUUCAGAAGGUCUCAAAACUGCCUGAGAAUAUAAAAGGGUACAACAGUAUUGAACUUUUAAAUCAGUUUGAAGAAGUAAUUGAAUCAACAAAUAUGAAUAACUACAAGUCAGCCUCAUCGAAAGAAUAUCAAAUGUCCAUGAAAGGACUGGUACCUAAACAACAGGUCACAAGUGUUAUGCCACAAAGACCAGUUUCGCCUUUAGAUGUGGAGGCUAAAAUAAGCCAGUCUGUUAUUCAUAAAGAGGUUGGGUGUAAUUUUGAAAUAAAGCCCUGUAGUCCUAAAAUGCUCAACGUCGAAGUAGCAGCGCCGGUCCAAAAUAUGCUGGCUGAGAGAGUGAUUGAAAAAGUCAGUAAUCCAGUCAUGAUAAAGUCACCCAUGAUAAGUGGUAUGGAUGAAAAUAAUAUCAAUUGCAACAUUAUAAAAAGACAAGAUCAUAGGAUAAAUAUUACUGAAAAUGUAAGGAUACCUAGCUGCAAAAUGAUUAAUACUCAGUUCCCUAAUAAUAACAUUGAUUCCAUUAAAAAUAGUUACAGUCUGCAGGAUUUAGAGAGUAAUUCCGGUUUGUGUCUAGCUUCAUUACCAAGACUUGAUAAUGAUAUUGAAUUGAACUUCCCAGAAGUUAAUCAACAAUUUAUAAAUGCAAAUAAAGGAGACUCAAGCUCACUUUCUAAUUCACUUAAAGAUUUACCAUCACUAGAGGUCUUAGAUCAAUCCAAUAAUCAAACUAAAGACAAAUUCGAAAGUACAAAUUCUUCAGUACAAGAGAAUGUUGCAAAAUCUCCUUACGUAGUCGAACCCGAAAAAGAGUUUUCUAAAUUAAGUAAAUACCGCAAAACUAGAACACCAUUGCCAGAAUCUAAAGAAAAUCAACCACAGCAAAGUAUUUCCGCUCUUAGGACAGACAGUGUGAUAAUAAAGAACCCUGAGAACAUUAAGAAUUAUGAAGAAAACACGGAUUUUUCAUCGAAUAACUCAAAUAAAACGAUAAGCGAAACUCAGCAGGCCCCAAUAAACUUGACUGCACACGGGAGUAUUUUAAGUAUUGAAGAAAAUGAACCUGAAAUUGAGAAUACUAAACAACGUGAAGAAGCCAACCAGCACAUACCUGUUGAAAUUGCAAUUGACUUUAGUUUGAAUAAACCUGGCAUUCUUGAUCCUGGCAGUCAGUACGCAGAAACAAAAAUUACUCCUGAGGAGGAAACGCUUAAAGCUGUGCAAACAGUACCAAAUAUGACCGAAGAGGUAGUGAAUGAAGUAGACCAUAAAGACAUUGAGAUAGAGCCUGAACAGCGGGAGUCAACAAAUAAUCACGUUGAGUUGUUAGAACCCGAUAAAGUCAUAAACGAAUGCAGUUUAAAUACUGAAAAUAACGAUGAAAACAAUACUGAGGAUAUUAUACAAUUUGAUAAUAAUGAAGAGACUGAAACUUAUGAAGCUCUAUUACAAGGCGAACCUUAUUCAGAAACUACUAACGAAACUAAUAAUAAAAAAAAUGAACCUACUCCGAACACGGACGAAAACAGUACAGAAACAGCGACUAUAGAAGGUAAUGGACAAUCAUUACUAUCUCCAACUCAGAACACUGACGUAACUGCCCUUGAACUUUUGAAUGAUGUGAAUAAAGACUCCAAUGUGGACGGGACAGCAGAAUUGAAUGAUGGUAGUAGUGUAACAGGUAAUGAUUUGUCCAAAGUAGUAAACUGUGAUUUUGAUUUGAAUGAAAGUGAAAAUUCCGAAAUUCUGCAAAAUAUAGAACCAGAAUUCAAGAUAUACCCAAAUAAAGAUAAACUCGAAGAAGAUAAUAAUUCAAGUCUUACGACCAUUGAAGAGUUUUGUGAAAAUCACAAUGUCUGUGGCGAUACAACGGAUGUGGAACACAUUUCAAAUGAGUUAGAUAUGAUUUCUAAUAUUCCUACCAUUGUAAACAAUCCGGAUACAACACAAGACGGUAUGGAAAUAGAACCAAAACAGCCACCUAGCGAGGUCAGUGCAUUUAAUUCGGAUAUGCUAAGAGAAGAAUUUUCAGAAGAAGACUGCAACGAAACAAACUCAUUUUCAAAUGAUCCAGACCCAAUACAGCCUACUUAUUCAGGCGACUUUGAAAUGGAUAAAAUUAAUGAGAAAAUGGAAGUUGACGAUGCCUUACAAUUAUCAGAGUCUUCUGACCAAGAAACAAUAUCCAAUGAUUUGGAAGAAAUGCUCUCUGACUCCACAUCGGAAAUAAAUGUUCAACAAAAUUCUGAAGAUAUCCAAUUUUUAAAUUCUCAGAAAAUGGACAAAAGACACCUUUGGUAUGGAAGUAAAGAAAUAUAUUCACCUUGGAUUCAAAAAUUGCUUUUAUAUUCUGAAGGAAGUGUUAACAAUACUAUAAUAAGCGAUGAAAAUAAUUGUGAUAGUGCUAUUUUACAUUCAUCUAACACGACAGAAGAAAAAGCUGAUGAUUUAGAAAUAACAGCUGAGGGAAGUGAUUUAAACAAUAUCGAAUCUAAUGUGUCUGUUGCUACUUUUGUUGACGCGGGUGAUGAUGAAAUAAGUGAUGAAUUAAUUGAAACGGCAGCUGAAGGUAAUUCUGAAUCUUCUAAAACUGAAUUUCCUCACGAAGAAAAUGACGCAACAGAUAUAGAUUUCGACCUUGCUGUUACUAAUAAUGACGAAGAGACAAAAGAUAAAGAACCGGAAGAUAAUGAAGAAGUUCCCGAUUCUGAAACUUUUACAGAAGCAGAAGCACAAGAAUGUGUAACUGACAAUUCUAAUACUCCUAUAGGAUCACCAAUCAUUAGUGACUCUAAUGAUGAUGAUGCGGAAAGUCAAUGUGAGGAAGUUAACACUCAAAAUUUGGAGCCUGAAAAUACUUUUGGGCCGCCAUACCUAGAAUCACUUGAGAGCGAUGAUAAAAAUACAGAACCAGAAUUGGUCCCCAAUGAAAACUUUGAAGGUUCUAGUAAUAAAAUACAGAAAAAUGAGAUUCCGUUCAGAAAAUGUACUAAUCUGAAAAGAUCCUUGUCAGAUUCUGCAUUGAAUAUGUACAAUGAUAAUGAAAACUGUAGGCAAGACGUUGAAAAUGUUCAGUUCAUCUUACCAUUUAAGCGUAGAAAAGUCACUCACGCGGAAAAUGACCUUGCACAAAACCUUUGUAAUAUUAUUAAUAAUAACCGACGUAACUCUAUUUCUUCAAUUUAUAACGAAGAAAAUGUUUCGUUCUGCAUAUUAAUUGAUAAUAGCUGCAUUAUAACCGAAGAAGAAAAUGAAGAUCAAGAAAAAGUGUGCUUUACAGAGUUAUCUGAAGAUUGUUUAGCUGAAAUGCAAGACAGUUGUACAAAACAUGAUGAAAAUAUAGAAACGUCGCCAGGAGUAUCAAGCCCACAGCAAGAAAUUGCUUGUGACUAUUCAGAUUCUUUCGUGACGGAAUGCGAAGAAGAAAAAGGUCAUGAAGAAACUUGGGUUGACGAUGUGGCGUGUGUAGAAACUGUGAUUAGUGACGAUAUUGCAGAAGAUAUAGAAAUCAGUGGGCCUUCAUCUCCGAAAGACGAUGAACUGUCCGAUAACGAUGAGUCGGGAGUGUUUAGCAGCUGUGAACACACUGAUAAAGUCAAAUAUAUAUACGGUGAUAAAAUGUGCAGUGAUGAUGCUCAAUUUGUAGAGACUUUGUAUAACACUCCUCAAAUGGAUGUUAAUAAGACGUUAUUUAAUAGAGAACAACAUGUUUCGGAAGACUAUGAUCGAUAUUAUGAUAACGAUUCUUUGGAAAAAAUGCUGUCGGAAUCCAAUGAAACUGAGUUAUCGCCUUAUGUACCAGAAUAUAUGCAUUCAAUGUAUACUUCUGAUAGGGUGAAUACUGAGGCAGCUCCAGAGAAUAAAGAAAACGUAAAUAUAGAGAAGUUUUCUUCAUUUCAAAGCAAAGGAGACCCUUUAGAUAUUGUCGCAGAAAUUAAUGUGAAUGGUGAUAAUGUCGAACAGAAUGACCUAAAUAAAAAUGAAUUUUAUUCUAAAACGCAAGAUGACACUGUACACUCUUGUGAAUCAAGUGUUGACAAUGUAUUUACUUACAAACAAAAGGAUGAAAAUCCGAACUAUACUAGCUCCAACUCUCCGGAAGUUUCUUCAACAACACCAGAAGAAAAGAACUCUAGCAUAUUACUAAAAAUUACGAACUACAAAGGUUCCAGAAUAUCACAAAUUAAUGAUAUUAGCAGAGUUAACAAUAGACCGAGUUGCAAAUUUACUGAAGAUAAAGAUUAUUUGCAGUCUCACGGCAGUUUUUCUACUCAUCGACCGUUACUAACAAAAGCAGCUCAAAAAUAUAUUCCUCCGUUAAAAGAAUCUAUCCGUGACCUUAAAGUUAAACUUUCCUUACCUCAACACAGUCUUAUUAAGCUUAAACAAUUAAAAAUAUCCAAAGAUGAACCAAAGGUUAAAAAACAAAGCUCUAAUAUUACGCGAAUUCCUAAAAAACCAAAGCCAAAGUUUGAAGAUGUCCUUAAAAGUAUAGACGAAAUACAAUUUAAGAUGCAUAAAGAAAAGUCAAAGAAAUCUAAGAAAUCCAUUCCAAAAGUAGUUAUUAAGAAGAACCAAAAUGGUUCUCAUUAUGCCAGCACGUCGAAUAAAGAUGAUUUUAAUCCCGAUUUAACGGGGAGAAAAUGGCAACCGUGGGUUUUCAUAGAAAAAAAUCAUUUCAUCGACAAAAUGGCAAUCAAGAAUAAAUCCAAAGCUAUUUACAGCCAUAGAAAAAAGACGUAUGUAUUGGCUGAAAAAUUUCAGAAGUAUAAAUCAGCUAGCAGUGCUAAGUUCGUGAUAUCGCCACCGAUAUCAGACAAUCCUUCGGGUCCUACGGGGCUUAAAUACACUAUACGGUUAAAACAUAAUUACUGAGGUAGUUUGUUUUGAGCGAUGAUGUUCCUUGGGUCUAAUUUUAUCACGGAAAACGGCCAUAUUGGCUUUAUAAUUAAAGGAUCCCACCCCAAUAAGGUCUCGUAUUAUCAUUCCUACGAUACCAUAGUAGAUGUUAGUAGUUACCCGUGUUAGUUUACCGUCUAGUUUGUAUAACUGAAGCCAAAUUCUGUACUAAGUGUGAUAUGGAAAACAAAACAAAGACAUUGUUUAUUAUUUGAUAGUGCAAUUUGAUCUGAUCUGUAUUUUGUUAUU